AAACAAUGAGCUAUAAAAACCGUGGUCACACUUCGAGCUCAGCAGCACAAAUCAACUUGCGAUCCAAGCAGCAACAAGCCCAUCUCCCUAAGAUGAAAUUCCUGGUCAUUGCCAUCGCCUUCCUGGCCUGCGCCUACGCCGAUGUCUCGGAGCUGGCUGCCGGAGGAUACGACUACCCCGCUCCGCCGGCGCCUGUGAAGAGCUACAUUCCCCCACCGCCACCGCCACCCCCGCCAGCGCCCAAGAACACCUAUAUUCCGCCCCCAGCCGCACCUGCCAAGGCCUACAUCCCACCCCCACCGCCACCACCGCCACCGGCGCCCAAGAACACCUACAUCCCGCCAGCACCUGCCCCAGUUGCUCCCGUGGAGACCUACAUCCCACCAGCACCUGCCCCCGCCCCCGCCUACAUCCCGCCCGCUCCUGUCCAGGCCGAGGAGCCCAUCAUCGAGGAGAUCGAGCAGCCCGCCCAGGACGGCUACCGCUACAAGACCGUCCGCCGCCGCGUCUUCCGCCACCGCAACUAAGUGCGUGACUCCCAAUUGUUGACUAAUGUGAUAGGCCGUACGCAGAGAUCAUUUGCGAGGUAUCAGUUGAUGUUUUCUUUAAAGUUUGAAGAAGAAAUAAAUGAUAAAACAGCA